UUAUCUGUGGAAUAUUUAGGAUCUGUCAUCAAUAUAGUCAAUCUAUAGACGAAUAAUUUUAAAAAAUCUUAUUGUCAACAAAUCUAUAAUUCAAUUCAGAGAUUCAAUUACAAUACUACGGAAAAUUGUAAAACUACGGAAAACAUAUCAUUGAAUUGAUUUCAUGAUUUAAAAAUAGAAAAAUGUGUUGUGCGUUACGACGUAUUGUAUUUGUUUUAAUUUUUAAUUAAAUGUUUAACUGCGUUGUUUGCCAUUUUAUCCAUACUGUGAAAUAUAAUAUUGAAAAUGGAGUGUACUCAGAGACUGGAAUGCACGCAAGAUUUGUAUGAGACGCAUAGCCAGAGAUGUCCCAAAGAGAUUGGAUUUCUUGGGAUAUGUGGCACAAAGUAUCCAGUGAAAAAAGGUUUCAACAAGAUUGGCAGGGAUCCUCAGACAUGUACUAUUAUAUUAAAUCUAAAUACAGUAUCAAGGCAACAUGCAGUGAUAAAUGUACUGGGCGAUAAUAAUUACAUGAUUAUGGACUUGGGAUCCGCUAACAAAACUAAAUUGGGUGAUAGAAAGCUUCAGCCAUACGUUGCUCAUCCGCUCAGAGAUGGUGACACAGUACAAUUCGGCGAUGUGUUUGGUAUAUUCAGACUACUAGAACAAGAUGAUGAUCUACCAAUGACACAAGCUAUCGACAUUCCAGAAACACCAGUGAGCAACCACUAUGUGUCUAGGAUAAACAAAGUGCCUAUAACUAUGGUGCCAGAAUCACCAGAUGUGAGUGACAAGGAAGAUUCCUUUGUGGCUCCAUCACAAAAGAGUGUUCUAAAUGAGUCGAACCAUCUCUUUGUAAGACCGUCUAACAAAACUACAUCUAUACAAUCUGUUGGAAGUAACAAAAUAAAUAAUGUGUUUUGGAAUUCAUCUAAAAAAUCAAAGUCUUUGAGUUUGUCUUUGAACAAUUCAAAUGUUAGUCUGGAUAGUUCUGAUCCAACAGUCGAAAAUCGGUUGAGUUGUGAAAACAAUGAUAUUCAUGAAAUGGAGACACAGGAUCUGCUUCCAAAAAAAAAUAAUAGCUCUAGUUUGAUCUACGCGGCAGAAACACAAAUGCCAGAAGAUGUACCUAAACAAUCGAUUUACAGUCAAGACACCCAAGCUGAUCCAACAAUUAUAGAACAUAAAAUACCUGGCGUGCAAAGGGUUAAUACGCAACAUGAAAUGGAGAUCAAUUUGUAUACUUCUAAUAAAGAAAAUGAAGAUGAUGUUCACGAAGCCGAAACACAAUUGUACCAAAUAGAAAAAGCAAGCGUGUCUGGAACACCAAGUAAAAACUUAACAAAGGAAGCAGAGAAAACUGAUGAUAAAUCUAAUGAGAAAAAUAAUUCAUCUCAUGAUGUAAUAAUAUUUGAUGAAAUUGAUACACAAUCAUUUGAUGGUCCUUUUGAGUCCCAAAGCAUUUUACCAGAAGACGAAAUGUCACCUAAUCGUAUACAAAAUUAUAACACAGAAACCAAUAAAAACAAAAUUGAAAAAGGAAGUGUAGAAAAACCUAAUAAAAGAAACAUUCGAGUUAAGUCGAAUGACUCCACUGACUGUGAAGAUAUGGACACAGUGUUAACGCAAGUGAUACCAACCACAAUCAAUAAUUCUGAUGAAGACGUCACCGACUGUGAGGAUAAUGGGAAUAAUUUAAUUAAUGAAACGGAUAAUAAAACCGGUAAUAAGACCAGUGGUAUUGAAGAUUUACAAACACAAAUAAUCGUGCCAGAGGCGUCGAAUGAUACGGUAAAGAAUCUUCAUGAUAUGGCUACACAAAUAAUUGUAGAAAACACAAAAUCAAUCAGUGGCACUGCUGUCGAAAAUCGUGAAGAGGAAACAAACUUUGAAGACUUACCUACACAAAUAAUUGUUGAAGAUAUAAAUCAAGGUAAAUCAGCAGUGGAAAAUAAUCCUAAUGAUGAAAUAGAUUAUGCAGAUUUGCCUACACAAAUAUUAGUUGAAAAUAUACGACCUGUUGAUUCUGUGAUUAGGGAUGUUGAAGAAGAGAUAAACUAUGAAGACUUGCCUACACAAAUUAUUAAUCAAGAUGUAGUAAAUAGUCCAAAAUCUGUUCAUCUACGAAAUGAAAUGAACCAUUCUGAAGACAUAACUAAAUCAUUUAAAAUUCCUUUACAAGCUCCCAAAAAAAGUAAACAGAAAGAUAUUUCGACGAUACCGGCUGAGAUUAUUACGCUAGAAGAUGAUCAAUACUAUCAGUCGACUCAAGAUAUUUAUAACGAUUUAAACUCUCAAGAAGAAUGUGGCCCCGAAAUUAUUGGAAAAAACAACAAUGUGUCGAAAAUGUUAUCAGUCGAUGUAAAUAACAUGUCGCGGAAUUCUAUUAUAGAUUGUAUCAUCGGUUACAGUUCACCAAGCAAAAAAAUAACAAAAAAGCUUCUAUCGGACAAAACUAUCAACGACGAUGACUACAAAAUAGUAAAUAAAAGUCCUGAUUCUAACAAAGAAAAACAAUUAGACGGUGGUGAUAGUCUAGUAAAAGAAAUUCAAAAAAUGCCUAGUGACAGCUCGGAUGUGGACGCUACCCCUAAAAAAAAGGUAGCGCUAAAAUUUACUGAGAAUGAUUUGCCGAAUACUCAAGAAAUCAAAGAAUUUAUAAAAUUUAACCCAAAACAUGGCACUGAUAUUUUGUCCAGUGACUCUGAAACUGAAAACAAUUCACAGGAAGAGGCGAUACCGUUAUUUUCUAAAAAGAAUAAAAGAACAAUUGAUGCGAAAAUGGACCUUACCAAAACAUUCGAGGCUCUGCCUACAAGAAUUAUUACAAGAGUACGAAAACCUACAGAAAAAGGAUCUAACACCAUUUUGAAACCGACUUUUUUGACUGAGCAAGAGGACGGUAUUGAUAAAGAUAUUAUAAACGAAAAUAUUUCACGGCUCAAAACGAUCUUUGGAAGACCUAAAAGUCUUAAUAAAGAAUCAAACAAAAUAUUGGACAAAUCCAGUUUAAACAAAGAAAAGGGAACGACAAAACAGGAUGAACGAGGAGAAUCAUCCAAAUCCUCUAAAAGUAAAGUAAACGAGAAAUCCACACUAGAAAUAAGUAAAGUUGUCACAAAAAAGGAUUCAGUAAAGGCUGAUUCAAAUUGUGAAACUAAAAGUACUAAUAAAAGAACUAGGGAUAGAAAGAAAGAUAAUAAUGACAAUAAAAAAGAUAACGAACAUAAAUCGCCUAAAAAAAUAAAAGUUGAAAGAAAACCAAGAACAAAAACAUCAAAUACUCUGCAAAUAGAACUACAAGAACAUGAUUAUGCUCAGACAAGUCUUAAUUCAACAGUGGGAUCAAACAACAGCAGCAGAAGAAGUGGAAGAAGUAAAAAAGAAAAAACAAACGAUAAAAUUGUAUUUCCAGAAUUGGAAACAGAUAACGUAAAACCGAAACGUACGUAUAGAAAACGUACAAAAAAGACUCCCGAAACAUACAGCAAUGAACAAAAUUCUUCAGAACCAGUAACAGAACCUAGACGAAGUAGACGAAUAAAGGCUACCAAAGAUGUUAAGGAAAACGAUCAGACACCACCGAAACCUAAAUCAAUAUUGAAACCAUCCCUAUGUGAUCAAAGUACCGUGUACAAUAAAUCUACGGAAUCUGUGACUGAAUAUCCGAAAAGCUUAAAGAGAUCGGCAGAAUUCAAAGGGUUGCAAGUGCCAAGUCCUAAGCGGUCGAGAUCUGCGGAUGAUCAAAAUAGUAGUUUGAGACCACAGAAAACUCAUUAUGUGCUAUUUACUACGUUUCCGACUGAAGGAGUGCAGGAUAAACUGGAAAAAUUGGGUGCGGUGACAGUGACGGAAGUGAGCGCGUGCUCGGUGCUGCUGACGACGGCGUUGCGGCGCACGUUCAAGCUGCUGUGCGCCGUGGGGCUCGGCCGGCCCGUGGUGGGUCCCGCCUGGGUACAGGCCUGCGUCGACACCAACACCAUCGUCGAUCCGUGGUCGUAUUUAUUAAAAGAUGAAGAGGCAGAGAAGCGUUUCCAUUUUGUAUUAGAAAGGACAUUGUUAGGGAAGCGAAAUUAUUUGCAUGGCUUCACCGUGUCCUCGACACCAAAUGUUGUACCGCCUGCUAAAGAAAUGAAACAGAUAGUGGAGUGUUCUGGCGGUGUAUGGGGGGAGGGCGGGUCGCGGUGGGUGGUGGUGUCGAACUCGCGGGACAGCGCGCUGUGGCCCGCACUGCGCCGCCGCGGAGCCGACAUCGUGUCGCCGGAGUUCGUGCUGGCCGGCGUGCUCAGACAGAUACCGGACGUGAAGCCAUACCUCUACUUGUGAAUGUACAUAUUGUAUAGUGUUUACAUAUAAACGUUUUAUAAAUCAUCGACAAAUUUUAUUGUGUUGUCCUUAUGAUGUAAUGUUAUAAUUCUCGUGCAUUUAAAAAAAUCAUCGGGAGCGUCCAAAGCUGGCGAAUACGUGGUACGCGUGUCCCUGGCAUACAGUUGCUCUAAUAAUUUGCGCGCUUCUUUAUUUGAUGCCUUGCGCUAAUCGCACCUAUCAAGUCUGAUUCCUUAUGAUCAAGCUCCUCAAAUAAAAAUAAAAAAUAAAACAUUAUUUUGAA